AUGGUACUUAAGGUCUUCUUUCCAUCAUGCUGCUCCUCGGCAGAGAGUGGCAUUUUGAUCGGGCGCUGGAUCUCCGAACAGAACUCUGCUGUUAUCCUGGCCGUGGUCCACUUCCCUUUCAUCCCUGUCCAGGUGAAGCAGUACCUCAGUGAAGUCCAACGGGUGAGUAAAGUCAGUGUUUCUGUGCUCGGCUCGUGGAGCAACAGCAAACAGGAGAAAGAAGAGAAUCUGACUGAGUUCUUGGAAGACCUUGGGACAAUAUUCUCCCACGAGCCAUGGAUUCAGAUAAGCAAAGAGGGAGACAGCAAAUUCUGGAGCUGUUCUACACUUCAGAAACACUCUAACAACCCUAAGGAGGAAGAAAUCAUCUUAGUAUACUACGACCAGCGUAAAGUCAUGCUUUCCCAUCUACAUCCCCCUUUGGGCACUGCCACCCCCGCUGACCCCAAGGCAGAGGACACUUCCAAGCUCUCUGCCAUCUUUGACACAGUGGCGAAGAGCAAGAUACUGUUCAUGACGGACAGAUACGAUGACGGGCCCAUCAAGCUGACCCACUGGCAGUCGGAUGGUGUGGAAGCUAGUAUCAUCGUGGAGCUGAUGAAGCAGGCCUCUGUGCCUGCCUGCAUGCUG